AUGUCGUCUAUUCUGUCACAAAUGCUGUUGCGGCCAAUCAGAAUAAGUCCCUCCAACCUUUUGUUUCUCACAAGGAACCUGCAAACAUCUUCCAAAUGUGAGGUUUUGCAAAAAUCGGCAGAAAAAUCAUAAAACUGAAUUUAAAGGCAAUGUGGAAGUGUUAGCACUUUCGAAUAUUGACAAAGAGGAUUUGGGUCACUCGAUUCUGAUUCAUAAAGGAACGCUGCCGCCCGGAUCACCAAAAACGCCGCACGACGUGGUUGCGAUGGGAGUGAAAGGGGCAAAAGUGUGUGGAAUUCGAUGGAAAAUUCGGUAUUUAGACUGAUUUCAGAUUCUGUCACUUUCUUCGUCGGUCGCCGGAGCCGCCAUGGUGCCGGUUCUCUCGUCGUAUUUGUGGGAAGCCGCUGCCGAAAGACCGUCGAUGAUGAUGUUCGCAAUCGGUAAGAAUAUUCCAGAAUGAACCUGAGUCCAGUCUGUUUUCUCUUUUCAGUUGCCAACACUUUCCUCGUCGUACUUUCGUUCACUCCGCUUCUUCUUCACUUCCUCGCAAAACGGUUUCCAAUUGACAUCUUCUACAACAACGACAAAAAGGUUAGUAAGAAAUGAUUAUAUUCCUAAAGAUCUGUUAAAUUCCAGACAUUCACCACAGUCCACUACAAUUUUCUGAUGCGAAAGCAGGCGCUGCGCUUCUCAGCGGCCGAUGUCGUCGAUGCGGCGGUGGCUCCGCAAAUGAAGAAAGUGUGGAUUCCUCUGGCGACGGCGUUCGUCGGAAAGCGACCACUUCUCAUUUCACUGGAUCGCAACGCCUAUCUGGACAAGCUGGCGUUCGAUGAGCUCACGAAGAAUGUUGACAUUCCUCUGAAUCAUGAUUAA